AUGUCUUCAUUAUCUUUAAUCUCGGGUUGGCAAGGUUGGUCUAAUGCAGCUCAAAAACACGAGAAUAUACCAAUUAAAAACGAGGUUUACUACGUCUACAAAAGUUUCACUAAACUCACCAGUUUAAAACUUUGUUCAACAAUCAACAAUAAAGGAAUUGAAGGUGGUAUAUUGUCAAUGACCCUGUUUAAAAAUUUGAAAUAUUUAGAAAUUAAUGGAUUGUCGCCAAAAGCUUUUGAUGGUUGGGAUAUUCUACAAGAGAAAUUGGAAAUUUUAACUUUAACUAAAAGUUCAAUUGAUGAUAUUACUGAAUUAUUUAUUGAUCUUGUAGCUGAUGGCGCUGAAGAAAACGGCGAUGAUGAUAAAGAAAUUACUAUUAAUCGUAAAACUGUCAUUAAAAAAAAAAACAAUGAUUAUGAUGAUGAUGUAGUUGCACCAUUGAAAAUUUGGAAAAAUCUUCGACAAGUUAAUUUAUCAGAUAAUGCACUGACGUUUAUUCCCAAUGAACCACUUAUCUACAUUGCAAAAUGUACACAUAUUGAUCUAUCAAACAAUCUGCUGAUUGCAAUUCCAUCUGGAUUGUCACAGCUGUAUAAUUUACAAUAUUUGAAUCUUAGUAAUAACAUGAUUGAAACAAUAACAGGUAUUUACAAAAUACUUGGAAAUGUGACGAAAUUGGAUCUGAGAAACAAUAGAAUAGAGAAUUUGUGUGGUUUGGAAAGAUUAUAUUCACUGGAAUAUGUUGACGUUAGAGAAAAUCAAUUGACCGAUUGGGCUGAAGCUACUCGAAUGACUGAACUGCCUGAGAUGAAGCAAAUUUACGUUGAUGGUAAUCCAUUCACAAGAUAUGAGACUAAUUACAGGAUUAAUAUUUUUAAAGCAUUUAAAGAAAACAAUAAAGAUAUUAUUUUGGAUGGAACAGCACCUACUUAUAUUGAAAGAAGAUCUCUCCCAUCAAAUGCAAAUUCACCAUCAAAUCAAAAAUUCCCUUUUGCCAUUCUAAGCAAUGAAAAUCCUCUGUCCAGUCCCAAUAGUUCAAAUGAUGAACAACAUCAGCAACGCAAUAAUAAUUUGCCAGUUAUAAGACAUAAAAAAAGUCAGAAAUUUCAUAAAAGAGUUGUUGACUUGGAUGGAGAUAACCAAAAUAAGAAUAGUGAUAAUAGUGAGGAGAUUACAGCAAAAGCUAAAGUACCAUUACCAAAACAUCGAGCUGUUGAAAUUGAAAAGGCAAUAGCAGCUGAUAACUCCAAAUCACAUAAAAGAAGAUCAGUGAAUAAACGUCAAAAUACCACGCCAGAUUUUUCAUCAACAAAAAAAACACCAACAUCACCAUUAUCAUCACCACAUAGUGAUUCAGAAACCAUUUCAUCACCUACAAUCGGUGAAGCAAUAGAGUAUAGAAAGAAGAUUGAAGAGUUACGUAAAGAGGGUGGAUCUUCUUGGCUAACUAUUUUAAAUGAGAUGGAAUAUAAUAAUAAUAAUAUAAAUGGUAUUUUACAUUCAAGACAAAGAUCAGAAAAUCAACCACCAAAAUUGAAGGCUAUUGUUGAUCAAGUUAUAACUGCAAACUCCAGAAAUUAUUAA